UCUGCUUAGCUAUAGCUGUAGUCUUCUCUAAGCCUUUACGUGAGACCCUCUUCGGCUGAGCUCUUAUCGUUUAUGAACAAGUUAUCUAAGCGAUAUCCGAUCUGACAAAAUAUUUGAGGUGGCUGUGAUAUACUCCUGUAUUGGAGCGAGAGAGACCAGGCAAAGGGAAUAUAUAUUCAAAAUACUCUUUUCCAAAUGGAUGGGAUGAAGCCAGAAUCGACGGCUGAGGAGAAUCAAGAUGAAAGGGAAGAAAGCAAAGGCUGCUUCGAGUGUUGCAUCAAGUGUCUUGGCGGUGUCCCCUAUGCCUCUUUGGUGGCCACCAUCUUGUGCUUUUCAGGUGUGGCUCUGUUCUGCGGCUGUGGGCAUGUGGCACUUACGGGCACUGUGACCAUGGUGGAAAACCACUUUUCUCGCAUCACCUCCGACCAUGCUACCCUUAUUGAUGUGGUUCAGAUUUUGCAGUACAUCAUCUAUGGAAUCGCCUGCUUCUUCUUCCUGUAUGGCAUCAUCCUGUUGGCCGAGGGCUUCUACACCACCAGUGCUGUCAAAGAGAUGCACAGCGAGUUCAAGACGACUGUGUGUGGACGCUGCAUCAGUGCCAUGUUUGUGUUCCUCACCUACAUUCUGGGAUUGGGAUGGCUAGGCAUCUUUGGCUUCUCUGCGGUGCCUGUUUUCCUCUUUUAUAACAUGUGGACCACGUGUGGUGCCAUGAAGUCCCCUAUUGCCAAUCUCACCUCUGUGGACAACAUCUGUGUCGAUGUGCGGCAGUAUGGAAUCAUUCCAUGGAACGCGAGCCCUGGUAAAGCCUGUGGGUCCACACUAAGCGACAUCUGCAAUACUAGUGAGUUCUAUCUGUCCUACCAUCUUUAUAUUGUUGCCUGUGCUGGAGCUGGUGCCACUGUGAUCGCACUGAUCCACUACCUGAUGAUCCUGGCAGCGAACUGGGCCUACCUAAAGGGAGCAUGUCAGCAGACUCAUGACUACCAGGACAUCAAGACCAGGGAUGAUCAAGAAUUGCAGGAUGUGCAGUCACGCUCCAAGGAGGGUCUAAACUCGUACUCAUAAACAGUUCUCUCUGCUCUACUCUGUUCUACCCCACCUCUACCUAACCUGCUCUCUAGACCACACCAAAAACACCCAUACACAAACACACAGCCGCUGCAAUGACCUGCCACUUUCAGAUGGAACAUUGCACAAACUAACACUGCUAAGCGGUGCGCUAUCCUGACUAUACAUCAUAACAGUGGUAUAAGUUGGCUAUAAUCAUGAUGAAACACGUUCAGGCAAGUUGUUUAACAUCUGUAACAAAUGAUAAGUGGAAUCAUCCAUGAUACAGUUAAUAGUGAUAUGAUGUGUUUUGCUCAUCCACUUCAUGGUAUAAAAGACCACUGGUAUAAAAGUGUAUGUAUACUAGUAUUGUACUGUCAUUUUGCAUUGACAAUUUUUCGAAUUGGUAGAAACUGUAUGUUCAAGUGUAGUCAUGGUUACAACUGGGUUAUAUUUGGAAUUAUGAUGCAUUGUCUUGGUGAAGCGCUGCUUACAUGAUAGAUUGUCUGCACUAACUCCUCACAAACAUUUUGCAGGAACUUCCUUUUUGGUGUUUUAUACAUAUAUAAAUAUAUAUAAAUGUGUGAAAGUGAAUGAAUGUUGUUGUUUUUUUUAAUUAUUAUUAUGGGUGCCAGGUUGUGUAUUGAAAAUGUCUGUUUAUUUAGAAUCUUUCUCUGGGCUCUCUCUAUCUUAGAUAU